AUGCUAUUCAAUUACCCAUUUGGUGGAUGUCUGGGUAUCACUGAUGUGGCAUCAGAGAAAAACAAGGAGAUCAAGGCGCUAUGUGCAAAAUACCCAAUGCACCGCUGUGUGGUUGAUAUCAAGUAUGCUGUUGAUGCUUCCAAGCCUCAAGGCUCUCAAUUGUUUGGACUAGCUGCAUUGUCGCAUCCGGAGAAAGGCUCGUUGGUGAUACUGCAGCGGCCUGUGCAGGCAUCUCUCAACCAGUCAUUAGGCCGAAAGGGGUAUUUGAACCACGCCUCACAACUCCAAUCUGCGGGAGCGAGUAAACCUCAUUACCAAUUUUGGAAUCAAAUUUUUGAAAGCACAUUGCGGGUCAGGCUGGAGGUUGUUGACCAUUCAAUGCCCACAUGCAAAGUAUUGAUACCCGGGGCCGCAAUAGACAAGAAUUUAGGGGUCCCGGAGCAAAAGGAAAGCCUGAUAUCCUGGCGGGACAAAUGGAUACAUCAUGCAUGGUCCUUCUGCAUUGAGACGAUCGAACAACCGACAGAACGCCAAGACUCGGCAAUAGCUAACAUAAGCGACGAGGGGGGGUUGCUGACUCAUUCGGCAUCCGGGAGCCUCGGUUCGCGUGGCGGAACGGAUAAACAAGAAAUCAACUAA